GCCUCCCUUUCCCACCGAUCAGCUGCGCGGCCUCCCGGGAUCCAGGCAGGAAGUUCCGUCGCGCGCGCCCCGGUGCCGGUCAGGGCACUCCUUCGCGGACCCCAGGCGCUUCCGUGGCCCGAGCGCGGGGGCCACCCCGUCCUGCAGAGAGCGUGGCCGAGAUUUGGCGGGGAGCAGAGACGGAGGGUCUGGCGGCCGCAGACACCACCCUACGACGCGGCUGCGGCCCGGGAGCUGCGGGAACAUGCGCCCGGAGCUGCAGUUUGUUUGACCGUUGCUGGACUAUGUUUACGCUCCUGAUUCUACUCAGCCAGCUGCCCGCAGCUACCAUCGCGUUUCCUCUUUGUGCGAGAGGUCCAGAGGAGUCUGGGCAUGCGGGGGAAGAAGUAUUUACAUCAAAAGAAGAAGCAAACUCUUUCAUUCAUAGACACCUGCUAUAUAAUAGAUUUGAUUUGGAGCUCCUCACUCCAGGUGACCUAGAAAGAGAGUGCAUCGAAGAGCUCUGCAAUUAUGAGGAAGCCAGAGAGAUUUUUGUGGAUGAAGAUAAAACGCUGGCAUUUUGGCAGGACUAUUCAAUUAAAGGACCAACCACAAUAUCAGGUGGAAACAGAGAGAAAAUUGACGUUUUGGGCCUUCUGACUGGACUAAUUGCUGCUGGAGUAUUUUUGGUUAUUUUUGGAUUACUUGGUUACUAUCUUUGUAUCACUAAGUGUAACCGGCAAGGACAUCCAGGGCUAGUGAAUGUGGCAAGUGACUAGCCUACCAUGAGAACAUUCCAGAUUUCUGACAGAGGAGGAAUUGUGUUCAGCCCUCUAAGUGAACGUGUAAUGAUCUCGGUCACCUCUCAAUUAUUGACGGGCUGAUUAUCCAGUUCCUAGAUUUACACAGGUCUUUUUCUUCUCUCCUUCCCUCCAAUUUCAGAUCUCAUUAUUACCUCUGAAGGGAAGGGUGUUUUAAGGUGCAAAUGGACUUACUUAGUUUGGAAAAGUUUACAGAAUUUUGAGUCUGCUAAACUGUCUCUUGUUGGGAAGGAUGUUGUAAAUAUUGACUAGAGGUUGGGGAUUACCUAUGAAUUUUAAUUAUCUUGUUAGCCAUAACUGUAGGAGGUUAAUUUAUGCAUAGAUUAGCCAGCUUCACAGCCUAAACAGAUCCAUUUACUAAUGUUUCAAUUAUCAUUUUGUAGUUUACAAGUGAGGAGGGAAAAGGUAGGUUCAAAACAUCAGACCCAUAUUGCAUUUCAAUUUUCAUUGGCUGGUGUAACCGACAAAGUUUUGUGAAAAUGGUGGGACUAGAACUAGGCCAUAUAUAUAUUUUUUCAUUGUUGGGCUUAGAUCAAUGGAGUGGGAAAAAGACAUAAUGUGAGGAAGGGAACCAUACCAGUGAACGCACAGAGCUCAUUGCACAUACUGAGGAGUGUUAAAGAGGCUACCUUGGCAAGAGCAGAGAGCUAUAAAAAGCAGGAUGAGGCUGGAAUAAGGGAGGCUUUGAAAAGGAGGUACAGGAGUUAGAACUCGAUUCAAUGGGAAGAACGCUGCAGGUUAGACUUUUGCAGAGAAGAAUGAUGCGAUGAAGGAACUGUUUAGAAGGGACCUACGCAUCAGGCAGCAGGACUUCGGGAGGGGGACAAAGUAGAGAGACAGAUAUCAGCUGCUGUGAUUAUCGGUGGCAUUGGUUUCCUUGACUUGGCGUUGAGCUGCCUUUCAACAAAACCUGGGUUUGGUUUCAUGCCAUACUUUGAGAAAGUUUUCAUCCAGGGAAAGUAGCAUAUUUUGAGUCCUUAUGUAGAGGUAGCUAUUAUUAUUCCCCCUUUACAAAGAGGUUAACUUGCCUUUGGUCACAUGACUAACAAAGGACAGGAUCUGGCUUCAUACCCAUGUCUGACUUUAAAGCUCUUGAUCUUUCCACUAGACCAAGAAAGACUCUUUCUGUUGUUAGAAACCUGUUGUUAUAUUAAUAAAUUAGGUUCAACUUUCAUAAAAUUAGUCAGUUGGAUUUUUAAAUGUUGCCACCUUAAACUAAAACUGCUGCCUUUUCUAGACAU